CCCGGGCACAUUUGUACCAACCAGGGAGACACACACACACACAGAAGAGCCAGCAUGAAGCUUGUCUUGCUGGUGUGUACUUUAGCUUUUGCAGGGGUGACCCUGGGAAUGGACUGCGUUCCCUUUGCCAGGCCGUGGAUGGUUCACUUCUCCAACGGCCGCACUGGAGUCCUCAUCAAUGAGUGGUGGGUGCUGACCCAGUUGUUCUACAGAGAUACAACCGAAGGAGUAUCAGCUCGGCUGGGUGUGGAUGAGCUGACGGGGAACUCGGACGGUGAGCAGCAGAUAGCUGUGGACAUGUGGAUACACCACGACCCUUAUGGAGGCUACCGGCGGAGGCGCAAGAGGAUCCCCAUAUAUAGCCUGGACCUGUGCCUGGUCAGACUGGCCGUGCCUGCACGCCUGACGCCCCAGGUGCAGCCGGCACCCUUACCCACACAAUGUGCACAGGCUGGGGAGCUGUGUGUGGCGACCAGCUUUGCAUCAACCGCUGGAAAGCAGCAGUGUCUGGUUCAGAAGGUGCUGAGUGACAGUGUCUGUCAGCGGCACUUUCCAUGGUACUGGACCCCUACUGGACUAGACAUGAUCUGCAUGAGCUCCCACCCCAGUUCAGGAGGCCAGUGCCCGAUUGAUGAGAGAAUUUUGAUGUGUGGAGGAAUCCUUCAGGGAGUGUUUGACUUUAGAUGGGUUAAACUGUCUGUGGGCUGCACCUACGUCAAAAUCUGUAGAUAUCGGCGCUGGAUAGACACCGUCAUGAGCCAUGUGACCACUCCUCCCCCGAGAUCGUCCCCUGAACCCCCAAACUCCCUCGUCACACUAGGGGCGACCCUGGGAAUGGACUGCCGUCCCUUUGCCAGGCCAUGGAUGGUUCGCUUCUCCUCCGGCCAAACUGGAGUCCUCAUCAACGAGUGGUGGGUGCUGACUCAAGGAGCCUACGGUGUGUCACCAGCGGGAGCAUCAGCUCGACUGGGGGUGGAUGACCUGACUGGCAACUCGGACGGUGAGCAGCAGAUAGACGUGGACAUGUGGAUAAACCACGACCCGUACUCAGGGCAUCGGAGGCGCAAAAGGAGCCCCAUUCAUGAUCUGGCCAUAGUGAAGCUGGCCCAGCCUGCACGCCUGACGCCCCAGGUGCAGCCCGCACCCUUGCCCACACAAUGCGCACAGGCUGGGGAGCUGUGUGUGGCAACCAGCUUUGCAUCAACCAAUGGAUCGCAAAAGCAACAGUGUCUGGUUCAACCGAUGUUGAGUGAGAGUACCUGUAGACAGCUGAAUCCAAUGUUCUGGAGCCCGUACAUGACCUGUGCAGGAUCCCAUCCCAGCCCAGGAGGUCACUGCAUGACUGGCAGAAGUAUUUUGGUGUGUGGGGGAAUCCUCCAAGGAGUGGGUGGUUUUGGAUGGAUGUCCGAGGGCUGCUCUCAUGGCAAGCCUGACACCUACGCCAAAAUCUGUGCAUACCGGCGUUGGAUUGAUAGCAUCUUGGACAGCAUGACUCCUACACUACCCCCCACCACUACACCCCCUACCACGGUGUCCCCAACCACUCAAUGGUGGGAUGGUCCCUACUAUGUGUCCUAGACCUAGAUAAACGUUGGAAAUACACUUUCAAGGGGUUGUUGGUGAAACAAAUGUACCCUAAUUCUCCUACUGCAUACUUCCACUGAUAAAUGUGUUCUUGAGACAAUAUACUCUAACUUUGUAUAAUGUCUAAUAAUAAAGAUUUAUUUGGAUUCAACUGAAA